AUGGGGAGGUCCGUGGUUCGAGCCCCACCAAUGCCUCUUGAAUUUCCCUGUCCAGGAUUGGGCAAUCUAGCAGUAUCCCAGUCCUCGUGCUUCUUUCGGGUGGCGUGGCAGCUACGCACCGAAAAGUUGUUACAGUUGAACGAUUCAAAAAAAGAACUGCAUGAACAGACUGGUGCAAUCGGCAAAAUGGUGCAUGAGGCUACCGCUACUGCAUGCUGCGGUUGUUGGUUAGAGCGCGAAUUUACUGACCGGAAGGUCCGUGGUUCGAAUCCGACCUCCGCCUCUCGAAUUCCCCUGUCUAGGCUUGGGCGACCUGGCAGUAUCCCAGCGCUCGUGCUUCCUUCGGGUGGCAUGGCAGCUAGGCACCGGAAGGGUGUUGCAGCUGGACGAUUUUUUAUUGUUUACGGAGUACGGUAUGAUGGCCUCAAGUAUGGUUACAGGGCCAAACAAGGGCCGGACUCGUCGAAGGUCUCGGAGCUACAAGAGGAUCUGAACAGCACUGAAGCCCUUUUCGCUGCAACACGAUCUCAGGGAUUUGGUGACGUCGUGCGUGGUCGCAUUCUAGCCGGCAACUUUUUCCUCCUUAGAACUCAGAGAGACCGACAUCUGGACGCUGCACGGCGUCUUUGGAGGUUGAUAAAAGAAGAUUUUGAAAAGGCAGGUUCCAUCGUUGAUUUACCAUUAAGCAUUUUCCGUACACAAAGUGGUGUCCGCCAGGGAUACCCAUUUUCGCCAUUUCUAUUAAACUUGGCGACUGAUGAAAUCGUGAGGCGAAUGCUGGAAGUUCUCCAAAACCCCGAAUAUGCAGGUGACAUCGUUCUCAUCUUCGUAGAGGAGGAGAAGGCGCAAGUGUUCUUGGAUGAACUGACCAAAGUCAUCCCGUCCUUUGGUAUGCACUUUGCACCUACAAAGUGUAAGGUCAUGCUCGUGGACAUGCAGUCACUGAACACGCCAUUUACAACCCAGAGGAAGCAUCGAAGUUGUGGAGCGUUUUACAUAUCUUGGAAGUUGUAUUAG